GAGCCCGUCCUGCCCGGAAGCCCAGGCGAGCCAGCAGCAGGGGUGCAGGGACUGAGUGGCCCAGCCCCCUGGGCAGGGUGUCAGGGCCAGAGCCCAGAGGACGGCGGUUCAGGCUUCAGUCCCAGCCGGCGAACCAGAGCUGGGCAGAGCGGCCAGCAAGCGGCAGCCAGGGUGCCCUGGGCACUCGACCCCCAGAUGUCCCUGCUGGAACCGUAAAGGGGAGGCACCCUGAGGCCAGAGGGAGCAUGGCCCCGGGGACUGAGCAUCCGGCUCAGAGCGGCUCGGCAGAGGGAUGUCUGGACCUCUGGUGCAGAGGACCAAGGCCGGUCCACUUGACCUCAGCCACGAGGACAUCCCAAGGCCAUGCCCACUGCUCAGUGGAGCGUGGAGGACGAGGAGGAGGCCGUCCACGAGCAAUGCCAGCAUGAGAGAGACAGGCAGCUUCAGGCCCAGGACGAGGAGGGAGGCGGCCAUGUCCCCGAGCGGCCAAAGCAGGAGAUGCUCCUCAGCCUGAAGCCCUCGGAGGCCCCUGAACUGGAUGAGGACGAGGGCUUUGGUGACUGGUCCCAGAGGCCAGAGCAGCGGCAGCAGCACGAGGGGGCGCAGGGCGCCUCGGACAGCGGAGAGCCCCCCCAAUGCAGGAGUCCUGAGGGGGAGCAAGAGGACAGGCCCAGCCUGCAUGCCUGCGAAAAGGAGGACAGUGACGAAGUCCACCUGGAGGAGUUGAGUCUGAGCAAGGAGGGGCCAGGCCCAGAGGAUACUGUCCAGGACAACCUGGGGGCCGCAGGGGCUGAGGAGGAACAGGAGGAGCACCAGAAAUGUCUGCAGCCCAGGACACCCAGCCCCUUGGUCUUGGAGGGGACCAUCGAACAGAGCUCGCCUCCCCUGAGCCCUACCACCAAACUCAUCGACAGGACCGAGUCCCUAAACCGCUCCAUAGAGAAGAGUAACAGUGUGAAGAAAUCCCAGCCAGACUUGCCCAUCUCCAAGAUUGAUCAGUGGCUGGAACAAUACACCCAGGCCAUCGAGACCGCUGGCCGGACCCCCAAGCUAGCCCGCCAGGCCUCCAUAGAGCUGCCCAGCAUGGCCGUGGCCAGUACCAAGAGUCGGUGGGAGACGGGUGAGGUACAGGCUCAGUCUGCGGCCAAGACUCCGUCCUGCAAGGAUAUUGUGGCUGGAGACAUGAGCAAGAAAAGCCUCUGGGAGCAGAAGGGAGGCUCCAAGACCUCAUCAACAAUUAAGAGCACCCCAUCUGGGAAGAGGUAUAAGUUUGUGGCCACUGGGCAUGGGAAGUAUGAGAAGGUGCUUGUGGAAGGGGGCCCGGCUCCCUAGGCAUCCCAUCUCGCUUCCUGGGUCUGCAGGUCCAGCCGGGUGGCACCCUCCAUGUACCCAGGGGAGAUUCCAGCCAGACACCCGCCCCCCGGCCCUGGCUAAGAAGUUGCUUCCCGUUGCCAGCAUGACCUACCCUCGCCUCUUUGAUGCCACCCGCUGCCACCUCCUUUUGCUCCUGGACCCUUUAGCCUCUCUGCCCUUCCACUCUCUGACCACCGCCCCCGCCCUCCCCACCCAGCUCCGCUUCUCGUUACUUGGGGGAGGAAAGAAACUCCUGAUCAUUGGCCAAAGGGACUUACCCCUGGAGAGGCCAAGUGCCUUCUAGGAAGUUAGGAGGUUGAGGCAUAGCCUGUGCAGAGAGGGCGGGUCACCCCCAGAUCCAAGGGGAAACUACAGGUCAAGGGCUGAUAACAGCCAUGCAGGAUGCUUGAUGCUGCGUCACCCCCACACUCUGCUUGCCGACCCUCACCCCGCCAUUUUGUAUAAUAAAGCUCCCUGUGUAUUCUCA